GCCCGAACAAGAAAGGGGCUGCGCUUGGCUUCCGAAGAGGCUGUUCUUCUCCGAAAAGUGAAACUGCGGUACAAGCCGAGUAGCGCUGACGACGUGAAGGAACCAUUUAAUCCCGAAGCAUAUUAGCAGCGUCUGCCCGGCGAGAGCGCGAUCAGUCCAUCAUUAGCGGAGCAGCGAGUAAAGAGAGCACAGAGAUCUGAAGCUGAGUGGUCCUAAUAGAACCGAGACCGAGCAGGUUAUUGGUGAAAAACUUGGAGUGACAUGGCGACCCUCAGAUUUGGACAACAUAUCAUCAAAUCCUCUGUAGUUUUUCUCCGAACGGAACUAUCCUUUGCAUUAGUGAAUAGGAAGCCAGUCGUCCCUGGACACGUGUUAGUUUGUCCAAUCAGACCAAUUGAACGUUUUCGAGAUCUACAACCAGAUGAGUUGAUAGACUUGUUUCAGACAAGCCAGAAAGUCGCAAACGUUGUGGAGCAGCAUUUCAAAGCAACAUCGCUUACCAUUGUCAUUCAGGAUGGACGUGAAGCCGGGCAGACUGUGAAACAUGUGCAUGUUCACGUUCUUCCAAGAAAGAAAGGAGAUUUUUCAAGAAAUGAUAAUGUCUACGAAGAGCUCCAGAAGCAUGAUCAAGAGACACUUGAAGAAUCAUCCCACUGGAGGACAGAGGAAGAGAUGGCAUCAGAGGCUGCUGACCUCAGAAAGUACUUCAACUAGUUAACAACAGCUACACCAAGAAUCAAACCAGGAAAAUGGAGAAUUUAGAAGGUUAAAUCAAUGCUUUUCCUGAAUCGUGUGUGGACUCAUCACAACUGCAAUUGAUCAAACACUACUCGAAAACCAGGUUUCUGGGGCAUCAACAAAUCAUUUAUCUAAUCAACCUUAAAACCAGAGGCUCUUGCAAAGCUUCGACAAUGUACCUUAUUAAGUGUGACUCUUCUACAUUGCACUGAAGUGCAUAACCCAAUUUCUUUAUUAAUUAUGAUUUAGUUAUUUUGAUUUGUGUGUAGAUUUUCAUUCAAUGGAAACUGUUUCCUUCAAUAUUGAACAGCCUAU